UUUAAAUAAAAAAUUGAAUUAGGUCUUGAUAAAAAAUUUAUGGAAAUAUAAUUUGUUAUUCAUGAUAAAGUGCGUGUUUGAAUAUUUUAAAACCCUGGGUGUUAGCAACUACCACUGAUAUAAGUUUCACAAAUAAGAAGCAAUGGAAUACUAGCGCAGUGGCAUUGAGUUUACCUUGAAAUUACUAAAUCAAGAACCGGAUUUUUUUCAUCGCUUCACUCAUCCAUUGUAUUAUACCCAGCAACAUUCCACUUUUGUCAUACUCACCCUGUGCAUCCAAGAGUCAAGAAAAUAAUAAUAAUAUUCUCUUUAAAGUUCUUCGUUAUUUAUUUUUAUUUGUAUUUCCUUUGUAACAACAGUUGCUUCGACGUGCUGGCUCUCAGUGAAUUUAACUCAUAACUAAAAAAUUUAUAAGUAAAAUUUUAUUUUUUAUAAUGAAGAAAUUCAUUCUAGGAAUACUUCUUACUGUAGCAUCAAUUACCGAAAUUACUUAUGCUCAAAGAACUCCAACGAUAUCUUAUCUAUCCCAGGAACAAAUCGUGGAUAUUGGACAGUCAGUCGAAUUAAAAUGUUCGGUAGUAUACGGCGAUGAAUAUCCAGUUUUCUGGUUAAAAGUUGAAAGUAUAAAAGAUAGAUUGCCAAUUUCUUCGGGAACUUCUUUAAUUAUUGGAGAUUCUAGAUUUUCUAUUUCUUAUUAUGCCGACAAUUCAACUUACACUCUUCGGAUUGACAAUGUCCAACAAACAGAUCGUGGUAUCUACGAAUGUAGAGUUCAAGUUGCUGUAGAUAAUCCGACUCCAGCAUACGUACAAUUACAAGUACGAUUUGAACCAUCGAUAACCGAUAAUUCAACGAAUAAUUUCAUUACCACUGAAGGAAAAAGUGUCCAGCUUGAAUGUUAUGCUAAUGGUUAUCCAGCACCUACUAUUUCAUGGCGAAGACAAUCUGUUCCUUUUUCGAGCGGUGGCUUAAUUAUUAAAGGAAAUAUCUUGACUAUUCCAUCGAUUACUAAAGAUGAUCGUGGAAUUUAUUAUUGCAUUGCUACAAAUGGAGUCGGUCGUGGCCAUCGUCGUAUUAUAAAUGUAGAAGUUGAAUUUGCCCCAGUAGUUACAGCCAAGCGACCUUAUGUUGGUCAAGCUCUGACGUAUGACCAGGAUUUAGAGUGUCACGUAGAAGCUUAUCCUCCACCAGCAAUUUCAUGGAUCAAAGACGGUGAAGAAAUCAGUAAUAAUCGAGACUACCGCAUAUCACACUUCGCUACAGCUGAUGAAAUAUCUGACACAACUCUUCGUGUUAUUACUGUUGAAAAAAGACAAUACGGAAUGUUUUAUUGCAAGGCCAGCAAUAAAUACGGCUCUCAUAAUACGUCAAUAGAAUUAUUUGAAACAAUCAUUCCGGUGUGCCCACCAGCUUGUAAUCUAUAAAUAUAAUUUUUCAUUCAUCAUAUAUUCACGUUUAAAUCAUUCCAUAUUUUUUCCAUUAUUUAUUUGAUCAUAUUUCAAUUCAACAGUUAAGAUAUUUAUGUAUACUUAUCAAAUAAACAUAAUGGAAAUACUUAAAAAACAAUUUCAUCAAAAAAUUAUAA